AUGAGUUACGAAGAUGUUGAACAGUUAGAUUGCAGUUUGGAAAAAGUGAGAGCACCGAUGCAUGCUAAUUGUUACCUUGACGAUUGUCAAAUAGAAGAUACAAAACAUCAUAACAAACAUUGUAGAUUACGAAGCUGUAAAGAUAUAUCUUUGACUGAUAUUUUAAAUAUGCCUAACCUACUAGAAGGUGGCGUUGUUGAUAGCGAUUAUCGUGGAGAAAUCUGUGUUUUGUUAAAGAACAAUAACGACCGUGAGUUUGUAGUUAAAACAUAUUUAGCAAUAGCUCAAUUAGUAUUUUUGCAAUGUUUUUCGCCUCAACUUUUCAUUGUUGGUCCAGAAGAGGAGUUAACAAGCACAGGAAGAGGAAUUGGUGGAUUCGGUUCAACUGGCUGUAUGCAAGGAAUAUAA